CUGGCAGUGGGAGAGUGCCAUUCUCUUUAGUGUUUGCCCUGUCUUCCCAAUGUCCACCUCCUCACCGCCCGCAUUUUGACAUUAAAAUCACAUUCACAGACUCCUGAAACGUGCCGUCAACUAAAAAGCAAAGACACCAAGUCAGCGUGUGUCAUGGAAUAACUAAAAAUCUCCAGAGAAGGAGCGACGAGGUAGAGCUUACAUCCAGACCUCCUCAAUCAACAGUCCCUCCCAUACGUAAAUUCCUUAUCUCGGCCUCAGCCUGCUGUUAACAAAACCAGAGCAACGAGGAUGUCUCAGCUCCAGUUUCAGUGUCCAGCUAGCCCCAUGCCUGCUGCUCCUGCCCCGCUGCAGCUGGGGCAGCCACAGCCUGGCUACAGCAUCCCCUCUGCUUCAGGCACCCUACAGUCGGAGAGCGCCAGCCAGCCCAACAGGAGCUCCGCUCUCCCUGCGGGCUCAGCCACUCCCUACAGUACCACCACAGUAUCUAACAUGGCAAACCCUAAAGAGAAGACCCCCAUGUGUUUGGUGAAUGAGUUAGCCCGUUUCAACAAGAUCCAACCUGAGUAUAAGCUGCUUUGUGAGCAAGGACCUGCUCACUCAAAGAUUUUCUCAGUGAGGCUCACGCUGGGAGAUCAGCACUGGGAGGCCGAGGGGACCAGUAUCAAGAAAGCCCAGCACUCCGCUGCUGCAUCCGCCCUCGCUGAGACCACGCUUCCCAAACCCACCAUCAGGACCCCCCGCAACACAGGCAAGACUGCAGAUGGCAUGACACACACUAUGGAGUUGAAUGCACUGUGUAUGAAGCUCGGUAAAAAGCCCAUGUAUAAACCCAUUGACCCGUACCCGGGGAUGAGACCGCCAAACUUCAACUACAAUGUCCGAGCUCCGGGGCCUUACCAGCGCUCUAUGCAACAGAGGGAAAUGUGUUCAUUUAUUGUGUCCAGGUACUACUACCCGUUUCCUCCAGUGGGACCAAUGAUAUACCACAUGGAGCUUUCCAUCGGAGGCCAGCAGUUUAUUGGGAAGGGACGCACGCGGCAGAUGGCCAAACAUGACGCUGCUGCCAAGGCCUUAAAAGUACUGCAGAAAGAGCCAAUACUGCAACAGUUGCCAGUGAUGAACGGAGAGCCCGAGGAGGAGAACCUGAACAAAUCAGAAAUCAGUCAAGUGUUUGAAAUUGCAUUGAAACGCAACUUACCGGUCAACUUUGAGGUUUUGAAGGAAGAAGGUCCUCCACACAUGAAGAGCUUCGUAGUGCGAGUUACAGUCGGGGAGUUCACAGGAGAAGGCGAGGGGAAAAGUAAAAAGAUUGCCAAGAAACUAGCGGCAGCAGCGGUGCUGGGAGAGUUGAAGAGGCUACCCCACAUACCCAGUGUGGAAAAGACAGUGCCACGCAUCAAAAAGAAAACCAAAUCCAUUAUCAAGCUGCAGACCAGCCCUGAGUAUGGACAGGGGAUGAAUCCCAUCAGCCGCCUGGCUCAGAUCCAGCAGGCCAAGAAGGAGAAGGAGCCGGAGUACAGCAUGGUGACGGAGAGAGGUCUGCCACGGCGCAGGGAGUUCGUCAUGCAGGUGACCGUGUGUGGCCAAUCUGCCGAGGGAAUGGGACCCAGUAAGAAGGUGGCGAAAAGGAAUGCUGCAGAGAAAAUGCUGGAAAUUUUGGGAUAUAAAGUGCCUCAACCACAGCCCCCCAAACCGGCACUCAAAACCGACGAAAAGCCACCUGUGAAAAAACCUGGUGAUGGGCGCAAAGUGACCUUCUUUGAACCCGGCUCUGUAGAGGAGGUGGCACUGGGUUCCAAGGAGGAGGACUUCCGUCUGCCUUACCUGAGCCACCAGCAGCUGCCUGCUGGUAUCCUGCCCAUGGUGCCUGAGGUGGCUCAAGCAGUCGGGGUCUGCCAAGGACCCCAGGCCAAGGACUACAGUCGGGCUAUUCCCAACCCGGGCAAGGCAACAAUCACUGCCAUGAUUGCCAACGAGCUGCUUUAUGCAGGGACGUCAGUGACUGCUGAGACUAUCCUAAAAAACAAAAACACCUUGAAUCAGCGUCCCCACGGACCCCUCACCAGGCCCUCGGAACAGCUCGGCUAUCUGGCAUCCGUGCAGGGCCUGCAGGUUGAAUACAAGGACUUUCCCAAAAACAAUAAGAAUGAGUUUGUGUCGCUGAUCAACUGCUCGUCCCAGCCACCCCUCAUCAGUCAUGGGAUCGGGAAAGAUGUGGAAUCCUGCCACGAUAUGGCUGCACUGAACAUAUUGAAGUUGCUCUCAGAGUUGGACCAGCAGUCAAAUGAAAGGACAGGAAAUGGACCAGUCUCCGGGUGUAGCAAGCAGGAAAUGGAAGGCGACUUGCACCUGAAACAGGCUAACUCAAGCACACUGGCACAGACCCUGGAUGGCACUGUGUAGAUGAUCAGGUUUGGUUGUCUGUAAAAGCACUAGAGAAAACUCAGACACUGUGUUCUUAGUCCCAUUUAGAAGGCUACAGGAAGCUCCGGGCGCUGUAUGCUCUGUCACUGCUCAUCUUCAUUGUUACAAGAAUGUUCACAGUUAAACAAGAUUGAUAGGAAAAAAAAAAAAAAGUUUCUUCUCCUUGAUGUUGUUUAAUUGUCCACAUUAUUUAUUUUCUGUUGCUUUGUAGACAGUGUAGCUGCAUCCUAGUCAAUGAGUCGCUGGUUUACUUUGUGGGAAGAAGAAACAAAAAGAGUGAAAUUGAAGCAAUUAACUGUGAACUGUAUUUUGUUUUGCGUAGAACUUGAUUCCUCUUUGUGAGACCUGUUAACUUGCUUUUAAGUGUGUUAUGUUUUACCCUCCCGCUGAGGUAUCUCAUGAAAGAAGGGUCUCAUCUUUGUCUAGGGUGCAGCUGGCGAACCUCUGUUGAUUUUCCUAGAGUGCUUUAUAUCAACAACCACAAGUGAAGUGUUAUCGACAUUACCAUGUAGGGCCGGGAAGAAUUUGUGACUAAAUGUAGCGUGUGAUGUAAUGUGACGUUGUCUCUGCUGUUUGCGGCAGGGAUGUUUCCUUCCCUGUUGCAUCAGUUUCCCCGAUAAUCCUUUUCCCUCCCUCAUGUCAAUCUCCCCGUUCUCUCCGCUCCCCAUGGUAAUUAAACUUCAGUGCUUACGUGCAC